AUGAAGAAAGCCCACUGGACCAUCACCAUCCUCAUCCUCACCCCCCCGGCAGCAGCAGACACCCUCACCAUCCCCGUCUUCCGCAGACGAGCAGCACACAGCAGACUCCAGCAGCAGCGGCUCAGGCUCAUCACCAAGGAGUACUUCGCCUCCAUCUUCAUCGGCACCCCGCCCCAGCUCCUCAACGUCAUCCUCGACACCGGCUCCUCCGACCUCUGGAUCGCAUCCGCCAACUGCUCCGUCGCCAACGGAUGCAGCCUCGGCCUCGGCCCCCGCUUCGACCCCCUCAACAGCUCCUCCGCCUCCACCGCCAACUCCCCCUUCGCCAUCAAAUACGGAAGCGGCUCGGCCACCGGUAAAAUGUACUCCGACAACAUCACCUUCGCCGGAUACAAACUGCCCCCGCAGAGCUUCGCCGUCGUGGACACCGUCUCCUCCGAACUGCUGAGCAGAGACGUCUCAGGACUGAUGGGGCUCGGGUUCCAGCCGCUAGCCUCCUCGGGGGUCACGCCGAUCUGGCAGAGUCUCAUGAACAACGGCAGCCAGAGCGGGGGGAACGUGAGCUUCGCGGGCUUCAGCUUCGGCCUCACCAGGUACAUCAACAGCAGCCGGCCCGGCGAGGUCGAGCCCGGCGGGCUGUUCACCCUCGGCACCCUCAACGCCUCGCUCAUCGCCCCCGGCGAGCCCAUCAGCUUCAUCCCCGUCCCCAACGGCCUCCAGUCCUACUGGCUCAUCCCCCUCGACGGCAUCGACGUCAACGGCACCCCGCUCAACCUCAACGCCCAGGCCUCCCCCAACGUCGCCAUCGACACCGGCACAACGCUCAUCGGCGGGCCGGCCAACGAGGUCAAGCAGUUCUACAGCCAAGUCUCCGGCUCCUCGCCCGCCUCCGGCUCCUACCAAGGCUACUACUCCUAUCCCUGCAACUCCUCCGUCCUCGUCACCUUCCGGUUCGGAGGCAAGAACUACUCGAUGGCCCCGGACGACUUCAACCUCGGGCCGUUCGGCUCGAACGGGCGCUGUCUGGGCUCGGUGUUCGAGCUCGAGCUGUCGGGCGCGUCGCGCUCGCUGAUCUCCUGGGUGAUCGGGGACUCGUUCCUCAAGAAUGUGUUGUCGGUGUACAGAUACGUGCCGCCGGCCGUCGGCUUCGCCAGGCUCUCUACGGCCUUCAACAGCUCCGGGCCCAGCGUCGUCACCCCCGGCGGCCCGCUCUGGACCCCCGGCCUGCUGCACACCGUCGAGGCCCCCGCCCCGGGCGCGCCCCGGACAGGCGCCGCCGGGCUCGUCGCCGGCCUGCGCAACGGACUCAACGGCUCCCUCCAAGCCCCCGCCGACCCCGCCGCCGCCCCGCGCAAGGCCGCCGCCCCGUCUGCCCGUCUGCCCCCAUCCCCGCCCGCGCUCCUCGCCGCCCUCGCCGCCGCGCUCUGCCUCUGA